AUUCAAGUAUCGUCACUAUUUUAUAAACUCAUCUCCUAUGACAAAAAUAGAAGUCCGUAUAAUUUUUAAUGUGUUCCUAUUUUGGACAGUUUUGCUGUGUCUCGUCUGUUUCUAUUAAAAUCUUACCUCCCUAGCAGAGCGUGGUAGUUACACUUCCUGAUUUGAACUCGUUCGUUUGUAUCUCUAGCGUCCGUCAAGCUAGAGAGGCUGAGAGAGCACCAAUUCCAAACCAUUCACUGACAAUCACUGUUUACCCAACGUUACCGGUUACCACGCAUCUGCAGCUUAGUCGGGUCACCUCACUCGGGCCGCACUGCUGGUUGUGCUGCAGUGACGAUGUCGGGCGCGGGCGGGACGGACGUGGCCACGGAGACGAUCUACGUUAAGACGGAGCCGCACGGCGUCACCGACGACGUCUGCGUCAAGGAGGAGCCGCUCGACGGCCCCGGCGUACAGAGCGGCAACGCUGUGGGGGGAAAGGUGGAGACGUCAGAAGUGGCCAGCACCACGCACACAUUGCUCAAGAAUUGUCCAGAAGUGGCUCUGCCUAAGAAAGGAAGCACUCAAAGGUUGCUGCACAUAGCCAAGCUUGCCACCACGGUACCUUAUGUUAAGCAUGUCCAAUCACUCUCAAAAAUUCCUAAGAGAAGCAAUCGAAACUUGAAACUACCAACGAGUCGAAGAAAAACCAAAGAUGAGGGUAUGAACUUACUCGAGUGUGCACGACUGUCGCUGUGUCUUCUGACUGGGAGCGACAUGAGCUCACCGUCCGUACAGGCGUUCAAGUGUUCGGUCAACGGUUGUGGUUUUGUGGCGUCUCGAAAGGCUCAUCUGGAACGCCACAACAACAGCGUUCAUUCAAGUCACGACCAAUUCAAAUGUUCCUUCAGUAGUUGUAACCAAAGCUUCACCAACAGACUGGCCCUGAACCUUCACGUCAUGCAGAUGCACAUGAAUAACAAACCGAAAUGCCUGCCCACAACCAUGCUUAUAAACGACAGCAAGAAGCCAUCCAGCACCAAAAAGUGUUUCUUUUCCGCGCCCGGUGCCAACGAAGCUUACCCGUGCAGUGAGUGCGAGUAUUCCUCAGCACGCCUCAGCUACCUCAGGCGUCACUACGAGACCGUGCACAGCAAGGAAAACAAGUACAAGUGCACGCUAUGUGAUGUUGAUUUUCCAUCAAACUCCGAAUGCACUGCGCACUCUCGGUCGGCGCACGAGCACGACAAGUCGCUAGUGUGCGCACAGUGCGAGUUCUGUGCUGAGUCUCGAGAGGAGCUUCAGGAUCACCUCGACUCGACUCCCGUGCAUGGAACAUUGCUCAAAUGUUCCUACAAGCACUGUGACUUCUCUUCGGCUUUCACGUCCCGCCUCAAGUGUCACAUCAACAACGUACACCUCAAACUUCGCCCCUUUAAGUGCUACCGUCCAGGCUGUACGUACGCCUCCGCUGUUGGGGCCAACUUGAAGUACCACUUGAACACCGUACACUUGAAGGUAAAGCCUUUCAAGUGUAGCUUUGAGGGCUGUAAGUAUGCGUCUGCUGUGAGGACCAACUUGAAGCUGCAUUUUAAUUCUGUUCAUCUCAAGGUAAAGCCAUUCAAAUGUUCCUUUGAAGGCUGUCACACGGCUUGUGCCACGCAAGCAAGCGUUAGGGCGCAUUACAACAGCGUGCAUCUCGGCCUUAAGCCCUUCAAGUGCGACUUCCAAGGCUGCACGUUUGCUUCAAACCUUAAGACUAAUUUGAGUCACCAUAUCAAAGGAGUUCACUUGAAGUUGCGACCGUUUGCCUGCAACUUCGAGGGCUGUAAUUUCGCGGCGCUAGGCAAAACUUUGCUCAAGUAUCACAUCGAACUUGUGCAUCUGAAGAUGAAAAAUUUCAAGUGCCUCCAGCGGGACUGCGAGUUCAGCUCGACGCUGAGGUAUAGCUUAAAGCGCCACAUGCAGCGUGCUCACGACGUAUCCCAAUGAGAUGGCAAUCUUUAUUUGAAUCUCGAAGAGAUGGGCUUUACUGAAUAGUCAUCGGCUGGUUUUGCUUGAAUACAUGUUGCUGUGUAGCACCUAAAAACUGCCGCAUCUGCCGUGGAUGUUUGCAAAAUGUUCCGUUUCUUCAGCAGUCUAUUCGGUCCUGUUUCUGAAGGUGUUGUAAACUAAACCUAUAGUAAAACGUUUUAAAUUUCAAACAAUGCGUGUCAGUAAGUAAGUUACUUCUGAGAGCUGAUCGCAGUCAGUUCAUGGCUCAGUAUUCGUAUGGAAGACGUUUUCCGGCUUGUGUUUGUAUAUGCGUGCUGUCCGGAAUAUUUUUUUUUAACGAAACUCUGCGUAGGAUGUUGUGCGCAAUAAAAAAAGUGAUUAGAUCUGAUUGACCAACUAUUGAGUAUGUAAAUUAGAUUCAAACAAUGCCAGGUCUACUAUAGAUCUUGAUGAAAGCAUACCUAUUGACUUUCAAGUAUUUUUGCCGCAAUUAGAGAUGAGAGUUGAGAAAUAGUCUUUAUGUAAUUUAUUUAUCUCUUCCGUGUAUUUAACAGUAAUUUGCACAAAUGAAGUGCUUUCGAUUUGUAAGACUUGGAGGCAUGCGUUUGCUUAUUCCAGAAGGAUCACACUUGAAAUAGUCAAUACUCCGUACAAGCACUACCUCACAAUACUCAACUCUAUAUCCCCAACCACUCACUCAGUGAAUUUUAUUUAACACAUACACACCUCCCUAAUCUACCCGCUAGACAGCACCUACACGGACUUGUGCUUCCACUGCCAGCACUCCCCCACUCCUCCUGGACAGCACCCACUCAGACUUGUGCUUCCACUGCCAGCACUCCCCCACUCCGCCUAGACAGCACCCACUCGGACUUGUGCUUCCACUGCCAGCACUCCCCCACUCCGCCUGGACUGCACCCACUCAGACUUGCACCAUCUUCGUCCACGGACUUCCUGGCUUGACCGGACCCUAGUAAUAACAAACUCCAAACUCGUGAGUUGUAUGGGAAAAACGCAAGUGAAGGCUUUAGAUCUAUUCUUGAAAGCGUUCUAAAUAACGCUAACUUGUAUUAAACAGUAGCUGCUUAGUUGAAAAAUGUUUUCCUUGUAUUAUGUAUUUAUUUCUUGUUGUGACGCUUUUAUUGUCAUUGAGGCAAAUUUUAAUUUUAAUGUAUUUUGAGGCAAUCUUUUCCGUGUUGCUGCAUAUCGGGUUUACAAAAAAAUGCGAUAACCUUCCAAGCAUAGUUUUAGAAUAAAUGGAAUCAAUAUAUUUCUACAGAGUUAUUUAAAAUUAUAUUUGUGUGUGAAUAGUGAAAAUUACUGACGCAUAGAAGUCCUAUGUUACUAUAAAAAUUUGGUUCCUUACCCUUUGCGUAUAGUUUAUUAUUGUUUGGGUAAGAUCUCGCAAUGCCAAAGGCGGCUAAAUUUUCCAUAAAAAAGUAAUUUUAUUUAUAGUAUAUCUAAACAUAAUCCAUUUUAGAAUCAUUUAUGUAACAGAUUUCUAUCAUUGUCUAGAUUAUGAUAUCCGACCUUAUGGUGAGUGCUGUCGAGUAACGACCGUUACUUUGUGAUCGUCUUCUUAUGUUCUUUAUGUUGAUGGCAUUUAAUGAGGCAAUAUUUGUAUUUUCUAGUAUAAAUUUUCUUUCGAAGUAUUUGAAGCAUUAUUAUGAAUAAGAGUAAUUUUAACAUUAUUGUAUGCUUUAAUUAUUUAUUUACGUAUUCACUAGUGAUGAAUCUUCAAUCAUUGUUGUUCCACACAAUUACUCGGUAAGAGAUCGUCACGGUCGAGAAAUCCUCUUAUUAAUAACUUGGCGCUCAUCGCAGCUUUAAAAACUAAUAAAUACUCUGAACUAAGA